GAUUGGAUUCAAUCUUUUAAUGUGGUUCAACCCAAGUGUCUUAUUACCCAAUCCAAUUAUCACUACCCCAUCCUAAAUUCUAUCAAAAUGUUAUUUUGAAUAUUCAAAUUAUUGUUGCAGUGUUAUCCCUCUUAUUUAGCAUUAGAAUAGGUCCUCUCCACAUGUAUAGCUGCGGCUCCCAUAAUUGUAGUUUAGGUGAGUUGCAACUCUCUAUCUGGUGCGCAUGUCCGCUUCCAAACAUUUGGCGUCGUCAGGUUCAAACCACCCUCGUUGGUUUGAAUCUCCUUGGCUAUGUCGAUGGCUCCGUCAAAGCUCCGUGUCCCUUCUUGGACACGGCUCACUCGAAACCCAACCCUGCGUAUACCCUUUGGUACCGCCAGGACGCUAUACUCCUUGGUGCUAUUAUAGGGAGUUGCACCGAUGCUGUGCAAUCUCUAAUUUCGCUUGCCGACACCUCCGCCGACGCCUGGUCAAGACUGACUCGGAGCCUCGCUAGCAUGUCCCGGGGACGCAUUAUUUCUCUCAAAGCCAAGUUGGCAAAGAAUCCUCGUGGAAGCCGUACCAUUGCAGCGUUUGUCGCUGAUAUGACAGAGAUUGCUGGGGAAUUAGCCCUUGCUUACAGCCCCGUAUCGGAUGAGGAUCUAGCGGUGCACAUCAUGUCCCAACUUGGCGACGAAUAUUCUACUAUCUAUCAAUCCUUGCGAGGCCGCAAUGAUUGUGUUUCUAUCGAAGAACUCACUACUAUUUUGGAGGAUUGCGAGCGUCAUCUUCAUGAGCGUCACUCUGCUACGGCCGACCUUGUGCCAACCGCAAAUCAUGCGCAACGUGCUCGUAGUGAUCGUGGUGAUCGUGGUGGUGCCCCUCAUCGGGCCGGUGGUUUUGGUCAGACCCGUGGGGGUCAUCAUGGCCGAGGUUCUCCUCCCAGCGGCAAUCGUGGUGGUCGUUACUGUCGGUUUUGUGAUCUUGCAAGUCAUGACACACGGUUUUGUCGCAAACUCCAGCGGUUCCUAAAAGAGAACAAUGUCACCAUUGCCGCUCCCAAUAGCAACAGCCCCGCCGCUCAUGUCACUGUCUCUAAUAGUAAUCUUGGCCACACGGACACUCAAUGGAUUGUUGACAGUGGUGCGUCUCAUCACGUUGCAAAUGAUCCAAAUUCGCUCAACCCUCUCAUGGAAUAUGGCGGACCGGAUGAAAUUCGUUUGGGUAAUGGCGCGCAAGGAUGCACAUUGGAAGGCGGCUAUGGAUGAGGAAUACUUGGCGUUGCAGCGCAAUAACACAUGGGAGCUUGU